AUGCAUAUCACCGCACGUCAAAACCCCAAGGACUUGUGUACCGAAAGAAACCGCAGAGCCCUCAUGUACAAUAACCCCACCACCUCAGACACAACCAUCCACUUCAACGGCCACUCCAUCCGCGCACACAAAGCCAUCCUCUCAGAACAUUCAGAAGUAUUUUUCCUCGCCUUCCAAGGCCCCUUUGCCAAAGUCUCUUCGUACACCAUUGCAACCGAGGAAUACGAUGAUCAAGCCGUGGAAGCCCUUCUCAAACACAUGUACUCACUUCCCUACCAAGAACCUGUAGAUCUAGAAGUGGAUUUACAGUGGUACUUGCAACUGUAUUUGAUUGCAGUCGAGUACAGUGUAGAGAGUUUUGAACACAGUGUUGUGGAGGUGAUCAAGACGGAAGUGUUUGCUAGUAAAGAGGUUACUGAUGACGAGGAAGUCUUUGACGAUUGCUGGGAUCGGAUCAAAGACCUGUAUGCCUCCAACUCUCUACCCAUGUCUCUAUUCGACAUGGUGUCUCGACUCUGCAAUCAACGCUCUCGCUACAAAGGCAUCAGAGAAGAAAGCAAGCGUGAAAAAGAGUGGAGACGAAGACAGACGACUACUGGCACAAAAGACCAGACUGCAAAUCUGCGAGCGGAGAAUUUGUUGACGAGCAAGGAAAACUGGAUGAGUGUCGGACUUGAAGAGGAGGUUACUCAGAUGAGUAAAAAGGAAAGGAGAAAGGCGAGUUAUGAGAAGAAGACGAGGUACAGAAAGCAUAGACAUGCUCAUCAUGGGCGUAUGGGGUCUCUGGCGGAGCAAGAGGAGGAGGAUUGA